AACAGUGGAACCGAAGAAGAGUCAUGGGUUUGCCGGAUCCCCGAUCUGCAGGAGCCACUCAAGAUGAAAAUAAAAAGGAGGGGCAGAAGUGGAUCAGGGGCCGAGGAAUAAAAAUAUUGAUAUUGUGGAUUCUGUUCUUAAGCUGUUGGGAUGGGACUGAGGGUGUGAUUAAAGGAGAAUUUAAUGACAUAGAGAUCAGGAUGAAAGAAAAUUUAUGGGUAAAAUUAGCAAAAAUUGCAAAAGUUUCAGACUUUUGUCUAGGCCCAGAUGAUACAGUACAUGGAAUGUUGGGAACAUGUUUAAUUCCAGUUUGCAAGGAGCCUCAGAGUAUUGCAAAUCACACAGAUUUAGGUCAGUGGUUUGACGAAUCUAUUGUAAAAUAUACUAAUUCACACCAAUGGGGAUACAUCACCAGGCGACUCCCGGCUGAUGCUUUUUCUUUACAUACACCUAUAGUGGCAGCUGGCGAAAACACAACCUGUGCCAGAGUGGUCGGUUGUUCCUCAAAUAAAUGUGUGAAGACACCCAAAGCUACAUGGAAUUGUUCCCAGCCAGUGAACAUCUCUUAUAAUUGGGCUCAUGUGAUUCUGCCCCCUGGUUGGUUUUUCACAUGUGGGCAGCAAACAUUUAAUUACAUACCAGCAAAUCUGAGUGACACUCUUUGUUGUUUGAGCCGUUUGGUACUUAAUUUACCACGAAAGGAGGAAUUGUCAUUAGGAUAUUCCGGGAGAAAUACAAGAAUAAAAAGAGACCUCCACAAUCUGAGCCCAGAUUGUAAUAGUCAUGUACACAUCUUCAGUGAUGCUGAAUUUUUGUCUUUAGGAGUAUCCUUGGUAGGCGUUCCAGCUUUAGCUGUGUAUAACGCAAAGCAAGUAUCAGCUUUGGCAUGUGCGUUAGUUAAAUCCAUUAAUGAAACCUCUACAGCCAUUAGUCUCCUAAAUCAAGAACAGCAGCAGUUGCGGGGAACUAUACUCGACAACAGAGCUGCUCUCGAUUAUUUGAUGCUUAAGGAUGGACGAGGCUGUGAGAGUUUUCAUAACUUAUGUUGCUUUAAUCUGACAGACAACAGUAAGUCAAUUCACCAUCAAGUGGCUGGUCUUAGGAAAAUUGUAGAGAAUAUAAAGGAGGACACAAACCCUGCAUGGUGGGAUUGGCUUACUGGGUGGUUAUCAUUUGGGUGGCUAAAAGCGCUGUUUGUAGCUGCAAUAGGAUUUAUAAUGAUCAGUCUAAUUGUAUGCUGUGGUCUACAGCUCAUAACCAAAUGUUUUCCAAAAGCCAUUCCCUCACCCUGGGGAAAAAGAGGCAUGAUUACUAUUAGAUUGGUGAGAACUACAACACUGGUUGAAGACCCGCCUAUUGAAGAGGUAGACGUUUCCAGUGAUUAUGCCUCAUUAGAGAUGGAUAAGGUCUCCUGCAACUAUGAGGAGAUUCCCAGGGAGUAAAAUUUGUUCAAGUAUUUGGGGCUGGAUUGUUAUGGAUAAAAAGAGAGGCCCAAUAAUGAACAAAUUUUACCAAUAAUCAAUGAGAGUUUAGGAGUAACAAAGAGCAAAGCAAGCCUGCUUAUGGUUGCAGCUUCAGUUGCAAAAAUUAUUUUAAGAUACUGCUUGACUAACACAAAAAGAGGAUGUGAACUUGGGCACAGAUGCCUGGGUCAGCAGAAAUGUUCCAGACAAAGUCGAAAACAGGAAGUUAAGUAAACAAUGUUACUAACCGUUGACCCAGUGUAACCAAUGUACUAAAAAUGUGUGUUUUGGAAAUAGCUUUUGCUGAAUGUGGAAAUUGAUACUAACGGUCAUAAGAAAGAAUAAUAAAAAGGAGGUGGGAUGAUCAAGAGGGAGGGCUUUGAUUUUGGGUGGGAAAGGGGUGGAAUUAAGGGAUAUUAAUUAGAUAGAUUGUGAACCCAUUGGCCAAUUGGUCUUUGGGGCAGGGAGAUUAUUUUGAGUAUAUAAAUCAAUGCUGAUACCUCAUUUAUUCGGAAGCUCUUGGGGGAUUUCCAACUUGAGCUUCCCCGCUGCUGCAGUGAGAUAUAUAAUAAAGCUGCUUCUUGUUUUCA